AUGUUUCAAUUUAUAUCGACAGCAGGCUUUGUGUUCCUGUUCAUCACCUGCCUAGCCUUUAUUCUCCUCACUGCGCUCCCAAUCUUUGGCCAAUUGGUCUUCAUCGACGAUGUUAACCUACGAAUAUGGGAUUUUGUCCUAUUUGGACUUCCUUAUCUUGUCACGGCAUUAGCGGUCUUUGUAUGCGGUCUCCAACGCCAGUAUAUGCUUACCUAUCGACUGGAACGUGUCCCGCGAGGGUCAAUUGUCCUCCAGACAGACGACGCCCCACGCGACGUUGUUGACCUCGUUCGCACAGAGUAUCUACGCUGCUCGGCGAUAGCCUACGAAGCUCUUCCAACUACAGGAAGUCAACCAGGAUGGGGCCGGCCGGGAACCAUUUACGAUGGCAUGAAUUUUAAGAGGGCUUUCCUAGAUGCCGUGGAGAAAAUCGACGCUACCGCACGGGAAAUCCUACCUUCGCUCCCAAGGAUGCCGUAUCCUUUCCAACUAUGUGUGCAUCUGAGGCCCUUGCUUGGAAUAUUACCAGAAGCGGAGAAAGAAGCCAAGGAGAUUGAUAAAUUUGUGCGACUAGUCGUCUAUUCAGAGAACGGGCAAGACGAAGUUGUUGGCGAGCGGUUGCGUCAUAGCGAGGCCAAGUCUGCAACCGAAAUGACAGAAGAAGAGUAUGAAAGAGCGAUGGUUGCCGUCAAUGGGUUGCAGGCAAUACUCGGCAAAGAGAAGCAGUAUCUUGAAUCUGACUAUAGCUCUGUGUCUGACCAACUGUCCGAGUCACGCUCGAUGAGCCACCGACGGCGGAGUAGUGUAUACGGAAGCGAGAGACAGCGACGGAUGGACUUUCGAUAUGAAGUGCAGGAGCCAUAUGAUGAUCGACUAGACAGUGGGUUUCGCUUCGGGAGGCUGUAG